AUGGCCACACCCCGUGCUGGCUUUCAUCGAGAAUACGACCCUACUUUUCCAGCCCCUGAUCUCACUGUAUGCUCACUAUGCGGUCUUGAUCCUUGUGACUGGGAUAAUGACAAUCCAUUUGAUUUCCACGCUACUCGAUCACCGGACUGUUCAUUUGUACGUGCAACACAGCAGAAGAAGAAGCACCGGAAUCAGAAGACUCGACGCCAGCAAUACAAGAGAAGGUCUCUACAAGCCGUCACUCAGCAAGAGGAGGAACUACAACAGGCAAAUGCGGAGAACACUGCGGAGAACACUGCGGAGAACACUGCGGAGAAAGCAAGCGACAACAAGGCCACCAUCAGCAAGAACACGGCUCAGCUCUCCACAAUCCCACGUCAUAUGCUCUCCACGGUUCCACGUCAAAUCACCACUCAGCAAGCGGAGAACGACACUACAAUUUGGCCUGCUAUCUCCACGUGCCUGGGCAAUAUCACAUUGUGGUACAUCACUGCAAUGAGCACACAAGAGAAGGAUCUACUGCGUCGAUCACAGCCAAUUGGGCCACUGCGAGAGGAAGAUCAGGAGGAAGAUCGGACAGUGCAUAUUUGGACGAAUUGA